AUGUCUGGAAACUUCUCGAAGCAUCAAUCUGUCUCCCAUACCUCGUCUGGAUCGUCGGUUACUUCACCAGUAACGGAUAACGCUGUUGAGAUGGUCAGAGAAAAAGGAGAUUCAUUGAGUCGGACACACCGAAGCAGCCAUAUGUCAGUUAGCUCCUCAAAAGCUCCAUCGUUCUCACUCUCUCCAUCUGUUUCCUCUGUCGCACCACCAUCCCCAUCAAUGAAGGAAACAAAUGAGACGUUCGGCAUGUCAAUGAGACUCAGAAAUCGAAUUGCGAGCAGACUGCCCUCUCUCUCACAAUUGUUCUCCAAACAAUUGUCUGUUCAGUCGGCGACCUCCACUGAAAUAGAAAGCAGUUCUGGUCAGUUCAACGUCGACGAAAGAGAGGAAUCUUCUUAUUAUGAUGAUAUUGAAUCGUCGUGUACCUCUGAAAUGGACGAUUCGGAGAGGAAACUGGAGAAAUCUAGAAGGCUAGGUCAGGAGUUUGAAGGUCAGCUGAAAAGCCUUACAUAUCUCCUUCGUAUAAUUACCGAGGAAUUGCCAAGUUACCUGGAGAGUCAAGGAAGCAAAUUGGCUAAAAUUCUCGUGCCGCAUAAGCAUGAAGAUCACAUUUUGCUCCAAAUCAUCAAAAAGAUGAAGAUGAUUAAAGGUUUCCACACUGCGUUCACGGACGAAUUUGGAGUGGUUGAUUUCUCGAAUAUUCAAGACGCUCCUCAAUUCCCUACCGUUGUCAUUGAGAAUGCGGAUGUACUGAAAAGUUUCAUUUCGUUUUUAAAAGAGAAACGAGAAUUGGUGGAAGAAAUGAAACUGAGCAGAAAAAAUGACAAAGAUCUCGACUCGGCUCUCAGCAAGUUCGAAAAAGAGUAUUUCAAGCAAGGAGGCCAUUUGAAUCUCCAGAACCAAUUAGAUCGAAUUCAUCAAACUGUCAUGAGAUAUGGCUUUCUCAUGGAGGAAUUUUCUAAAUGUUUCCCCGAUGGAUCAAACAUGAAAGAAAAAUCAGAAGAAGCAGUGAAGAAAUUGAAAGAUGUCACAACGAUCAUAGAAAGUGAAAUGUCAACAGCCACUGAAAACGAAACAAAGAAGGUUCAUGAACGUUUGCAGGGUCGGUUCGACACGUUCAAAAAAGCUCGAAAACUUCUUCUUCAAGAGAAAGUGUGGAGCGACAAUGGAAUGAAACGUCAUGAGCGUUACAUCGUUCUCUUCACCGACUGCAUGUUGGUCUGCCGGCUCACCAACUCAAAAGACCCAGGCUGCGCGUUUGAGAAAGAUUUUUAUGAAUUUGAUCUCAACACAAUUGAGAUUGAAAUCGAUCACUAUCGAGAAUACGAAAAAACUCUCAAAGUCUCAACAACAGAGAGAGGAUUCUUCUUCCUUUUCAAGAAUGGAAAGCUGAAGAACGAUUGGGUCAAAGCUAUUUUGGAUAGCCAGGAGAAGAUGAAAAAUCGAAUUGGAUUCGAUCUGAAAGUUGUGGAGGCUAAAAAGAAGUUCCUGAAGCCGGUCUGGGUUCUGGAGUCCGGUGAAUGCUUAAUGGAGCAAUGUUCGGAGAAGUUCAAUUCUUCGGAAGAACGAAAUCAUUGCAGACGAUGCGGAUUUAGCAUCUGUUCGCUCUGCACUGGCCUUGCUCCUGUUUCUCAGUACCUGUUCGAGAAACACAUCGUGUGCCCUGAUUGCUUCAAGGACAUUCAUGAUGACUAUGUCACGGGAACUUUGUUUCCAGAGGAGCGGAAACAGAGCAGAGAAGGAAAACUUCAUGUGAAGAUCGGGAAAAGAGAAAAAGUGAUGGCUGCCGAGAAACUAUUCAAAGAGCCGAAAAAACGAGACUUGAAGAAAUUCGACUUGGACGAAAGAAAAAAGGAAACAAAGGCAUUUGGACUAGUUUAUUUGAGGUCAGGAGCUAUGGAGACUGAAGCCUAUGCAUGGCUUAAGAAUGAUGACCGCCUUGUCGUCGUCAAACAAAAGUUAGAUUUCAAGCCCAUAUUCGAAAGAAAUGUGGCCAAUCAUGAGGUCCGACAAUCAAAGGAAAGAAAUGGAGUCGUGUUUGCCUUUUCGAAGAGAGGUAUGACGAAUGAUGAUUUCACUUUCCGAGUGAAACAGCCGUAUUCCAUCAAAAAAUGGAAUACUGUCUUAUCCGAUCAUUUUCCAGAAACAAAUUGA